AUUCGUCGUCGGAAUCGCUUUGUUUGUCCCAAUCCUUCAUCUUUGCGCCGAUCAUGAAGUCAUCCCUCAAUACUUUCCACUUCUGUUCAUCAGAUUCUCAGCCGACUUCAUUGAGUUUGGUUUCAAUGGUCUUCUGCUGUUCCCGAACGGCAUUAAACAGUUGGACAACACCUUUGGUGGCGACCGAACACAGCAUCCGUUCCCUAUCCCUGUCUUCGGCUUUGGGUUUCAUUUUGUUCAACACUUCCCACUCGUAUUUACUUAACUUUAAUUUACUGCUACUCUCUUUGCUAUUGCUUUCAUCGCUUUUACUCUUCUUAUUCUUCGUCGACGACUUGACAACAGACCCGUCUUCGUUGACAAUCUCUAAGUCAUCGUUUGGUUCAUCGGUUUUCCCUUUCGAUAAAAUGAAUGAUUUGUUUUUGGUUUUGACGGAAAGGACUCGACUGAUAGCGUCGGCCCACGAGCUGUUGGUCUCGGCUUUGGAUGCGUUGAUCGUGUCUUCAGAUAAAUCGAUGUCGUCGUCGGAAUCCAAAUCAUUGGCGCCAUUCAUGUCAUCCAAAUCCAGGUCCGAAUCGACCACUUCUUCGUCACUCGAUAUCACUUUAUUCACCAAAACUUUACUCUUUUUAACAGACAUUUUAUAUUCAAGUGGAGAAGAGAUGUCGAGAGUAUCGGAGAUAUUGUGUUCAAACCCUAAUUUCCCGUCCGAUCUAUACAUUACUGGCCAUCAUGCGCCAUUCAUGUCAUCCAAAUCCAGGUCCGAAUCGACCACUUCUUCGUCACUCGAUAUCACUUUAUUCACCAAAACUUUACUCUUUUUAACAGACAUUUUAUAUUCAAGUGGAGAAGAGAUGUCGAGAAUAUCCGAGAUAUUGUGUUCAAACCCUAAUUUCCCGUCCGAUCUAUACAUUACUGGCCAUCACUUCUUCGCUUCUGAUCGGUUGAUAUUGAGAUCAAGUGGUGAUGAGAGCGAACACCGUUUGAUUGAUUCAGACGAUCGCAUCUCUAAUAUAUCCAUAACUUGUGAUGCAAUCGAUAAUCAGUUGUUAAACGACCAACACGUGGACAUUAUCUCAAAGAUAUUCCUCCAAUGGGUGUCACCUCUCAUGAAAAGGGGAAUCGAGAAGAAUAUCUCUUCGCAUAACGACUUGUUUAGACUCCCGAACGAAAUUCACGCCAAAAAUGUUUGGCAAAAGUUUGACUCAAUUUUUGCGUUAAAUCCAAUCAUUAGUGAAGACAACAAUACAUACACUAGUCUUAAAAGUAAUUCAUUAAUUAAAUCAUUGCUCAGAUGUUAUGGAUUGGAGUUAUUAUAUGUGGGAUCUCUUAAGUUUACGAGUGAUAUCUUGUCGUUUUCGGGUCCACUCCUAUUGAAUCGUGUCGUUCAAUAUCUGGAAAGUGAUGAUCGCAUCAGUUAUGAUGGCUUUUAUUACUCAAUAGCAUUAUUCUUGUGUACACUGUUAUCGUCGGUUACCAUCAGUUUAUUUAAUUUUUAUAUGAAUAACAUUUCGCUCAAAAUCAGAAGUUCUAUAAUAGCGUCGAUUUAUAGCAAAAUAUUUAGCGUCCGAUCAAACACUUUGAACGCACACUUCAGUACCGGAGAGAUACUUAACUUCGCCAACACUGACACCGACCGAGUGGUCAACUUUUGUCCCUCUCUAUUGCAGUUCAUUAGUCUUCCCAUUCAAUUGUCGGUCACUCUAUACCUAUUGUACCAACAGUUAGGUCUGGCAUUUGUUUCGGGAGUUGUGUUCGCUAUUGUUUUAAUACCAAUUAAUCGAUGGAUUUGUAACAAAAUCGCGGAUUUGAGUACAAAAAUGAUGGAAUGGAAAGACAAAAGGAUUAGAUUAAUGAGUGAAAUAUUAAUGGGAAUUCGUGUCAUUAAAAUGCACGGUUGGGAAGACCUGUUCUCCAAACGUGUACUUCAUUUGCGGGAACAAGAAGUCAAAUAUCUGAAGGGAAGGAAAUAUUUGGACGCAUUCUGUGUAUACUUUUGGGCGACAACUCCUGUUCUCAUAUCUUCUCUGGUUUUUGGGACAUUUGUUUUGCUGAACGGCAAACUCACGGCACCCGUGGUCUUCACUUCACUCGCUCUCCUAACUAUGUUAAUAAUGCCAUUAAAUGCCUUUCCGUGGGUUCUAAACGGACUGAUGGAGAGCUUUGUUAGUAUCAAGAGAUUACAAAAGCUGUUUGAUUUGCAUCCGUUUGAAGUGGACAAACAUUAUAACCAUGUGAUUACAGAACGUGAUCAUAAGUUAGAGGCAAUGGGCGCUUCAUUCAACGCGUCUGAAUCGAGUCGAGUCAACCCAGACUUAACGUGUCGUUUCAUUUUAGGUCCAAUUGAUUUCGUUUUAACUCGAAAUAUGUUUAUAGGAAUCAUUGGCAAAGUCGGAAGUGGAAAGAGUUCACUUAUAAAUGCAUUGUUAGGCGAAAUGCAAAGAAUUAGUGGUAAACUUGGGAUCAGUAAUAGUGACUUUGAGGCCGGAAUAGGCGUUGUUACUCAAGAACCAUGGAUUCAAAACGCGACUCUAAUGGAGAAUAUCUUAUUCGGUAAACCAUUUAAUUCUGUCCGUUAUAACUCAGUUCUGGAGGCCUGCGCUCUAAUCGAUGACAUUAACUCAUUCACUGACGGAGAUCUCACUGUUAUUGGCGAUAGAGGCGUAACGCUAUCGGGCGGACAAAAGGCCAGAAUUUCAUUAGCGCGGGCUAUAUAUCAGGAUUUUGACAUUUAUUUAAUCGACGAUCCGUUCGCAAGCGUUGACAUUCAUGUCGGCGAACAGAUAUACAACAAAUGCAUUUGUGGUCUAUUGUUGGACAAAACCAAGAUUGUGAGCACUCAUCACCACAAUUAUCUCGUAAAAGCAGAUCUGGUCUUGAACGUUGACAUUCAUGUCGGCGAACAGAUAUACAACAAAUGCAUUUGUGGUCUAUUGUUGGACAAAACCAAGAUUGUGAGCACUCAUCACCACAAUUAUCUCGUAAAAGCAGAUCUGGUCUUGAAGAUAGAAUCGGGACAAAUCGUGACAUCGGGUUCACCCGAAGCUGUGCUUAAAUUCAAAGACAAAUCCAAAAAAGAAGAAAAGAAAUGCGACGAAGACUUGACUACAAUUGAGGACAAUAUUGAAAAUGAGUUAAAACUUAAAGAAGAAGAGAGGGAAGAGGGGGUCGUUAAACUCGAUGUCUAUAUCACUUAUUUGAAAUCCGUUGGUCUAUAUCUCUCGUGUCUGAUAAUAAUUUCCAUGUUAUUAAUGCAAAUAUCGAAGAGUGCGUCCGACUGUUGGCUUGCAUUUUGGACAUCAAAUAAACGCUCAGAUAUGAGCUCUUCGACCAGUUAUCUGAUAGUCUUCAUCUGCAUAGCGGCCGCCAAUUCAGUUCUCACUCUAAUUCGUUCGUUUAUAUUCGCUUACGGAGGAGUAGUGGCGGCUCUAAAACUACAUUCAAUGUUAUUGAUCAAAAUAUUUAGGGCCCGCGUCUUGUUCUUUGAUUUGACUGCUUUCGGCAGAAUUAUCAACAGAUUCUCGUCCGAUGUGUUCAAUGUUGACGACGGCCUUCCCUUUACGCUGAAUAUAUUCUUGAGCCAAAUGUAUAGUUUGUUGGCCUCAUUAGUGAUUACAGUGUAUGGCUUACCAUGGAUUGCACUUCUUAUUAUUCCCCUAUCGAUACCAUAUUAUUUUAUUCAACGCUAUUAUCGAUGGACAUCUAGGGAACUGAAAAGACUUAGCGCAGUUUCUCUGUCUCCUAUAUAUACGCAGUUGGACGAAACUCUUCAAGGAUUAGUUACUAUCAGAGCAUUUGCCAACACUAAUAGGUUUAUGCGUGAAAUGUACCGAAAAUUAGACGUGAAUAAUAAGAUUCAGUACUCGAGUGGUGCUGUCGGCCAAUGGCUUAAUCUUCGGUUACAAUUGUUAGGGAAUCUCAUCUCCUCUGGUGUGGCACUGCUCGCAGUGGGCCUUCAUUUUUGGUCACAUCAGACAAUAGACUCGGGUUUAGUUGGAUUAGCGCUCGUCUAUUCACUGUCGGUCACUGGCCUUUUGAAUGGUGCCGUCCAAUCAUUCACGCAGACAGAGAUGGAUAUGGUUUGCGUCGAAAGGAUUAUGCAAUACAUAAAUAAUAUAGAAGACGAACAAUCAAUAGAUUGCGAAGACCGACAAACUGUAGACAAUUGGCCGAACAAAGCGAUUACAGAGAUGGAUAUGGUUUGCGUCGAAAGGAUUAUGCAAUACAUAAAUAAUAUAGAAGACGAACAAUCAAUAGAUUGUGAAGACCGACAAACUGUAGACAAUUGGCCGAACAAAGCGAUUGUUUCCUUUAAUAACAUAUCCAUGAAAUACAGAUUUGAUAUGCGUUUAGCCCUCGAAAAUGUUUCAUUCACUACAAAGUCCGCAGAGAAGAUCGGAAUCGUUGAAGGAAAUGUGACCAUUGAUGGCAUCGAUAUUUCGACUCUCAGUUUGAAAACAUUAAGAUCUAGACUAUUCAUUAUAUCUCAGGAUCCGUUCCUAUUUAGUGGUUCAAUAAGGGAUAAUCUGGACCCUCGAAGUCAAUACACCGAUAAUGAGAUCUGGCAUUCGCUCAAAGAAUGUCAUUUGGAGUCUUUAGGUAUACUAUUGGCCGCAAUCAGCGAA